AUGGUUAGUUUAACCCGCCGUCUUCUUUUGACGGAUUACCCCCCGAGCGGGGAAAACACCGAGAGUUCUCCCCGCUCAGAGGAAACCGAUUUCGAUGCUAACAUGGUGUUGGUACUGGCGGCCUUAUUAUGUGCGUUAGUAGUUGCACUGGUAUUGAAUUCAGUGAUACACGUAUUUUUACGACGUAGACGUGAGUCCAUAGAGGCUUCGACGAACGUAAAAUCUCCGGGCCUUGAUAAACGGGCCCUAAGGAAGAUCCCGAUGGCGGUGUUCCGGUUGCGGACGGGUGGUUCUGCCACCGAAUGCUCGAUCUGUCUUGGAGAUUUUAUCAAUGGAGAGAAGGUGAGAGUGUUGCCGGAAUGUAACCAUGAGUUUCAUGUCAAGUGUGUAGAUAAGUGGUUGGCAGAACAUACCUCGUGCCCGAAUUGUAGGCGGUCUUUGGUGGUGGUCGAUGGCGGAGAUCGGGCAACAGUUAGGGUGGAGCACGGUGGUGGUGCCGCCGUGGUUUAGCAUUAUACCAAGUGAAACCAGUUGUAAAUAUACAAGUUUGCAGAAAAAUAUGGAGCAAAUUUCAAGUUAUAGUGAUACUUUUAGCCAAGGAUUUGAUCGCUUCUUUGAUGAAAAAAGCUUUUCCAA